GGAUCUCAAGACUCCAGACUUCUGGGAGCUAGGCCUCGGGGAGCCCAUUCCCACCACCGCGCUCCACAACCGCGGAGUCUGGGAACUCGUGGACGCCGUGAUCGACCACGGCUCCGGCGGCUUAUUUCCCCUGCGACCCAACACGCUCAAGGCGGAGCCGCCCACGUUGCGCGAGCAGGCGACCAGCAUCGCUAUCAUCGGAAUGCCGAACUCGGGCAAGUCCUCCCUGCUCAACGCGUUCUGCGGCGAGUAUCGCUCCAUAGUCAGCGACCGCGCUAACACCACUAUGGACUCCGUCGACGCGUACCUCGAGACAGAGGAUACUGGAAAAUUGUAUCGGUUCGUGGACACCGCCGGAAUCGUGAAGAAGAGGAGGCAGCAGGCCGGCAUGCAUUGGCUGGGCAUAGUCCGGGCGCUGAAGUCGGCGAAGCGCGCCGACGUGGUGCUCCUCUGCCUGGACCCGAGCGAGGUCAUGUCUGGCAACUCGUCCUUGGGCGCGGCCUACUGGGAACCGAAGCAGGCGCACAGGUACAUCGCGCGGCAGUUGGAGGAGCGCGGCUGCGCGUGCGUGAUCGUGCUGACGAAGUGGGACGCGGUGGGGAACAAGGACGAGAGGACGCAGUCGAAGUACGUGGAGUCGAUCCGCAGCGGCCUCGCGGGCGUCGGCCAGUGGGCAGAGGUCGUGGCCUGCUCUGCCAAGACAGGGAAGGGCAUGCAGAAGGUCCUCGACGCGGUGGAGAAGACGCUGGAAGCGCACCGGAAGCGGGUACCCACCCCGGUUCUGAACGGCGUCGUCAGGGACGCGCUGCUGUGGCGGCUGCCCUCCGCCAAGAAGGCUGUAGGCAGCAGACAGGGCCGCAUUUACUACGCGGUCCAGUCCUCCACGGAGCCGCCGACGGUCGUCCUGUUCUGCAACAACCCGAAGCUGUUCGGUGUCAACUACAAGGUCUACCUCGAGAACAAGAUCCGGCAGGACCUCGCCUGGUUCGGCACCCCGCUGCAGCUCGAGUGGCGCAAGCGCUCCGAGCGGCGCGCCCUCAACACGGUCGAAGACUGGCUGGGGCCCCGCCUGCAGCCGGCGGCUGCCGAGAUGUUCAGGUGAUCCGCCAGAGCGCGGCGCGGGGCACCGUUGGGGCCCCGCCUGCAGCCUGCCUGGGGGCCCCGCUCGUGGUGCCGCCGCGGUCCGUUCUCCCCUUAGUGUCGUUUAACCCAGUCCUAGACAGCCACGUUCGCACAGCGCAGGACGAAGUGUUUCGGAAUCUGCCGCCGCGCCGCGUUUGCCACCGCCCGCACGGCCCGUUGGUGUCGGGGGGCGGCUGGCACAGGAGA